AGCAAGUGGAAGUCCCUGUGGAGCGGUGGAGAUUGGAAAAACCCAAUUCCACCUAACCCCCCAAUUCUAUACCUACCUUCUCUUUCAAGCCCUUUCUCUUUCUCAACAACCACCAUGCCCAAUACCCCGUUCCCUGCUCUUUUUUCUCUAUAAGAUACCUCUUCUCUCCGUCUUCCUCUAUUGCAUUGUAAAGCUUCUUCCCUUUUUCAUCAGCAAUGGAGGCCAAGCUGUUGAAAGCCGCCUCUCCUUCCGUUAUUCUACCCCAGGGUUCAAAAAUUUCAAAACCCAGUUCCUAUUUCACCUCCAAGACCAACCAUUGUUCCAGUUGUAGGUUCCCAAGUUUGAAGAACAGGGUUAUCCAGUCUAUUCAUGUCUCUCCAACUCCUCUCAGGUUUGAAAGGAAAAAAAGAGUAGAUGAGAGUCAGAACUUGACUUUGGAUGCUAUAAGAAAUUCUUUAAUUCGACAAGAGGAUAGCAUAAUAUUUAGCCUCUUGGAAAGAGCUCAGUAUUGUUACAAUGCGGAGACAUAUGAUCCCGAUGCUUUGUCAAUGGAUGGGUUCCAUGGCUCUUUGGUUGAAUUCAUGGUCAGGGAAACCGAAAAGCUUCAUGCUCAGGUGGGCAGGUACAAGAGCCCUGAUGAGCAUCCUUUCUUCCCAGUUGAGUUGCCUGAACCAAUGUUGCCACCUUUACAGUACCCAAAGGUACUGCAUCCUGGUUCAGGUUUGAUCAAUAUUAAUGAGCAAAUAUGGAGUAUGUAUUUCAGAGACCUUCUUCCAAGACUAGUCAAGGAAGGAGAUGAUGGAAACUAUGGAUCAGCAGCUGUUUGUGACACAAUUUGCUUGCAGGCUCUGUCAAAGAGAAUCCACUAUGGCAAGUUCGUGGCAGAGGCAAAAUUCCAAGCCUCCCCAGAUGCAUACGAAGCUGCCAUCAAAGCACAAGACAGCCAGCGGCUGAUGGAUAUGCUGACUUACCAGAGGGUUGAAGAUGUAGUGAAGAUGAGAGUGGAGAUGAAAACCAAAGCCUACGGGCAAGAGGUAGUGGUGAAUGGGAUGGAAGACAAUGAUGCCGGUCCAGUCUACAAAAUAAAACCGAGCUUGGUUGCAGACCUGUAUGGGGACUGGAUCAUGCCAUUAACAAAGGAGGUUCAAGUGGCCUACUUGCUUAGAAGGUUGGACUGAAUAGAGCCUGUGCUUAUAUAAAUAAAGGGGAUUGUUGAUAAUGGUGAUAAUGGCCAUGGGUAUGUUUUGUAUAACUCUAGACUCUGUUUUGAUAUGAUAUGUAUAAAUUGCAACAUGGCCGGUCUUUUACUUUUCUUUUGGAAUGGGCACUUUGAGAUGGCGUAUUUCUGGGAUGAAUAGAAGAAAGAGAAAGUGUCACCUUCACAUG